AUGGCAACCCCCACCUUGGAUCGCUUUCUCUCCAGCAUCGCCGACCUCGUCAAAGAUCGCGAUGGCGCCCGCCUGCAGGACUUCCUGCAGCUCGAGCCCCCCCUGCCCGACAUCUACCAGCACAUGAGCGCCGAGCUGCGACAGCGCUAUCCUACCGGGCCCAAGGAAACCGAGCUGCUGCGGCGCUGCGAAGCUCUCGUCCCCCGGUCCAAGGGCGCCCCCUGGGGCGCUUUCUCCACCUUCAUGAAGCUCUACUUCACCUUCCUGCGCGACGUCAACGUGGAUAAUCUGUUGGAAACAUACGAUCUCCUGAAGGGGCUGUUGAACCAAUGUGUUCUUGCCUUAGGUGACAGCCAAAUGGGCGUCGUCGUCCUCCCCACCGUCCUCUACCUCUCCAAAGUUCUCGCAAAACUGGCCAUGGGCUUGGACCGCCGGCCCGAGCUGAUCGCCCACCUACUGCGGCUGGAAGGCCGCUCGAAUCAGGAGGAAGCCGCGGAGAAGGUUACACUCGUGGAGAAAUCGGCCAACGUCGUCCGCGAGGCAUUCAUCAAGUGUCUGACAGACCGCAGCGGUACCCCGGGCGUGCACGGGAAGCCGGAGGGUAGGCGAAUCGGCAUCUACCUGAUGGCGAACCUGUGCUUGAAGCUGCUUUUUCAGUGCGGCAAGCUACGCAACGCAGAACAGAUGUUCGCCAGCAUCAGCGCCCAGUCCCCGCCUCUCACGCACUUCCCCGCUUCCCAACGAGUUACCUAUCUAUACUACCUCGGGCGCUACCUCUUCUCAAAUAACCUCUUCCACCCCGCGAGGAUCGCCCUGCAGGCCUCCUACGACCAGUGUCACCACCAGGCAAUCAACCAAAAACGAGCUAUCCUCACAUACCUGAUCCCGUGCAACAUCAUCAUGGGACGAUUUCCCUCGUCACACCUGCUGCAGCGCCCGGAGGCCGAAGGUCUAGCAGACCGGUUCCUUCCCAUCUGUCGACUGAUCACUCGCGGAGAUUACAUCGCAUUCCGCGAGCAUCUCACAGUAGGCCCCGACACCGAAUGGUUAGCGCGCAAGGGGAUUCUUCUGCAACUCCGCAAUCGAUGUGAAAUUCUUGUCUGGCGGUCGCUGGCCCGGAAAGUCUUCAUUCAUGGUGGUUUCCACGGUGAUCCUCAAGGCCAAGCCCAACGCGGGCCACCCCCUUUCCUGUAUCUCAACAGACUGGAAGCCGCUGUGCGCUGGAUACAGUCGCAACACGCGCAGUCGCAGGCCGGCUUUUUCACACCCCGGUUGCAGCCGGAUUCCCAGGCCGGGCAGACGGCACAUGGGUCCCAGAUCAUCUACAAAGCCCCGGACUGGGACUUCGAGGGAGUCGACGAGCUCGAGGCACAGGAGGCAGUUGCCAGUCCAGCCCUACUAGAGAAAUACGCCGAUUACCUGUCACCGGAUAGCUUUUUCGACGCGCAAGGCCAACCACAGAUGAAUGCGCCGGGCAACCUGGUCGACGGGCCACCGGCCGCUGAUUACCAGCAAUAUGAGCUCGAUCCGUACGCCAACCCUACCCCUGGAGAAGACGGGAAACCGACGCCGAUGAUGCGCGAGCUGGAGUCCAUCCUGGCCUCGCUCCUCACCCAGGGGCUGAUGCGCGGAUACCUGACACACAAGAACCCGCGCUUGGCGAUUCCCGGGGCGCGGCUGCGCGGCGCCGUGCCCACCGGCUUUCCCAACGUCUGGCAGACGAUCCAGGCCCGGGAGAGCGAAGAUGACAACGUUCCAGGUUGGGUGCAGCCCCCGUCUGCUACCGCGUUGGCUGGCGGUGGACGCGUGGUCAACCUGGCCGGGGCACGACCGGUCGGGGUGCAGUGA